UCCAGCCAUUUGCAAGAUGAAUUCCUGCAUCCUGGCGAUGAGGCUGCUGCUGUCUGGGCCUUUUCUCUUUGCCCCAGCCUGGAGCUACAACCUGGAUGUGCGACACGUGCAAAACUUCUCCGUCCCACACGCCGGGAGGCAUUUUGGCUACCGCGUCCUGCAGGUUGGAAACGGGGUUGUCGUGGGAGCUCCAGGUGAGGGGAACAGCAUGGGAAACCUCUAUCAGUGCCAGCCAGACACUGGACACUGCCUACCAGUCAGUCUGAGUGGUUCCAACUAUACCUCCAAGUACUUGGGAAUGACCUUGGCAACAGACCCCACAAGUGACAGCCUUUUGGCUUGUGAACCUGGGCUGUCUCGGACAUGUGACCAGAACAUCUAUCUAAGUGGCCUGUGUUACCUCUUCCAGCAAAAUCUGAGGGGUCCGGUGCUGCAAGGGCACCCUGGUUAUCAGGAAUGUAUAAAGGGCAACGUAGACUUGGUAUUUCUGUUUGAUGGCUCAAGGAGCUUGCAGCAAAAUGAAUUUCAGAAAAUUCUGGACUUCAUGAAGGAUGUGAUGAGGAAACUCAGCAACUCUUCCUACCAGUUUGCGGCUGUUCAGUUUUCCUCAGCGUACAAGACAGAGUUUACUUUCGCAGACUAUGCUAAACAGAAGGACCCUGAUGUUCUGCUGGCCAACGUCCAACACAUGGCUGUGUUGACCAACACCUUUGGUGCCAUCAACUAUGUCGCGACGGAGGUGUUCCGGCCAGAGCAGGGGGCCCGGCCAGAUGCCACCAAAGUGCUUAUCAUUAUCACUGACGGGGAAGCCACAGACAAACACAACAUCGACGCGGCCAAAGACAUCAUCCGCUACAUCAUUGGGAUUGGAAAGCAUUUUAAGACCAAGGAAAGUCAGGAGGCACUCCAUGAAUUUGCCUCAAAACCUGCGGAGGAGUUUGUAAAGAUUCUGGACACAUUUGAGAAGCUGAAAGAUCUAUUCACCGAGCUGCAAAAAAAGAUCUAUGUCAUUGAGGGCACAAGCAAACAGGACCUGACGUCCUUCAACAUGGAGCUGUCCUCCAGCGGAAUCAGCGCAGCCCUCAGCAGGGGCCAUGGCGUUGUGGGGGCCGUUGGAGCCAAGGACUGGGCUGGGGGCGUUCUCGACCUGAAGGCAGACCUGCAGGGUGAGACGUUUGUCGGGAAUGAACCACUGACACCAGAAGCGAAGGCAGGAUAUUUGGGUUACACGGUGACCUGGCUGCCCUCCCGAGGGACCACGUCGCUGCUGGCAGCUGGAGCCCCCCGAUACCAGCACGUGGGGCGAGUGCAGCUGUUCCAAAAGUCAAAGGGAGAAACACCCUGGAGACAGACCCAGAAAAUAGAUGGGACCCAGAUUGGCUCUUAUUUUGGUGGCGAGCUGUGUGGUGUUGACGUGGACCGAGACGGGGAGACAGAGCUGCUGCUGAUUGGGGCUCCUCUGUUCUAUGGGGAGCAGAGAGGAGGCCGGGUGUUUAUCUACCAGAAGAAAAAGCUGGUGUUCGAAAUGGUCUCAGAGCUGCAGGGGGACCCUGGCUACCCCCUUGGGAGAUUUGGAGCAGCCAUCACUGCCCUGUCGGACAUCAACGGGGAUGAGCUGCCAGACGUGGCUGUGGGAGCCCCUCUGGAGGAGCAGGGGGCUGUGUACAUCUUCAAUGGGCAGCAAGGGGGGCUGAGCCCCUGGCCCAGUCAGCGGAUAGAAGGGGCCCAGAUAUUCCCAGGAAUUCAGUGGUUUGGACGCUCCAUCCACGGGGUGAAGGACCUUGGCGGGGAUGGCCUGGCAGAUGUGGCUGUGGGGGCUGAGGGCCAGGUGAUCAUGCUGAGCUCCCGGCCUGUGGUGGAUGUCAUCACAACCAUGUCCUUCUCCCCGGCCGAGAUCCCAGUGCAUGAAGUCGAGUGCUCCUAUUCCACCAGCGAAAACAAGAAGGAAGGUGUUAACAUCACAGUCUGUUUCCAGGUCAAGUCUCUCACCUCCCAGUUCAGAGGGGACCUGGUUGCCAACCUCACUUACACUCUGCAGCUGGAUGGCCAUCGGACCAGAAGGCGGGGGGUGUUCCCAGGAGGGAAACAUGAACUCAGCAGUAACACAGCUGUCACCUCAGUCAAGUCCUGCACUAGGUUCUGGUUCCACUUUGCGGUAUGCAUUCAAGACCUCAUCUCCCCCAUCAAUGUCUCUCUAAAUUACUCUCUCUGGGAGGAAGAAGGGACACCGAGGGACCAAAGGGCGCAGGGCAAGGACAUCCAGCCCAUCCUGAGACCCUCACCACACUCGGAGACCAAGGAGAUCCCUUUUGAGAAGAACUGCGGAGAGGACAAGAAAUGUGAGGCUGACCUGAGGCUGAAGUUCUCCACUGAAGGAUCCAAAGUCCUGCGUCUGACCCCCUCAGCCAGCCUCGCAGUGGGGCUGACACUGAGUAACUUGAAAGAAGAUGCUUACUGGGUCCAGCUCAUCCUCAGCUUCCCUCGGGGACUCUCUUUCCGCAAAGUGGAGAUGCUCAAGCCCCACAGCCAUAUACCUGUGAGCUGCGAGGAGCUUCAGAGCAGGGCCCUCUCCUGCAACGUGAGCUCUCCCAUCUUCAAAGCAGGCAGCUUGGUUGAUAUCCAGGUGAUGUUUCAUACGCUGCCGGACAGCUUCUGGGGGGACUUUGUUGAGCUGCACGCCAAUGUGAGCUGCAGCAACGAGGACUCAGGCCUCCUGAAGAACAACUUGGCCACCAGAAGCAUCCCAGUCCUGUAUCCCAUCAACAUCCUCACCAAGGACCAGGAAAACUCCACGCUCUAUAUCAAGUUCACCCCCAAAGGUCCCAAGAUCCACCAUGUCAAGCACAUCUACCAGGUGAGGAUCCAGCCUCAUGUCAAUGACAACAUGAUCCCCCUGGAAGCCUUGGUUAGGGUACCAGGGCCUCGCAGCGAGGGGCCCAUCAGGCAGAAGUGGGACGUGCAGAUGGAGCCUCCUGUUACCUGCCUCUCUGAGGAUCUGGAGAGUCCAUCUGACGUGGCCGAGCCUUGCUCAUUUGGAGCCAAGUUCCGCUGCCCAGUCCACCACCAGCAGGAGAGCCUCGUCCAAGUGAUCGGGACAGUGGAGCUGAAGGGGGAGAUUAAGAACUCCUCCAUGUUCAGCCUCUGCAGCUCCCUCUCCAUCUCCUUCAACAGCAGCAAGCACUUUCACCUCUAUGGCAGCAAUGCCUCGCUGGCCCAGGUCAUCAUGAAGGUCGACGUUAUAUAUGAGAAGGAAAUGCUCUAUCUCUACCUGCUGAGCAGUAUCGGGGGACUGUUGUUGCUGCUACUGAUCUUCUUCGUCCUGUACAAGGUUGGUUUCUUCAAACGGAACCUGAAGGAGAAGAUGGAGGCAACUGUAGAAGCGUCAGAUGCAAUCCCUGGAGAAGACACUGGAGAAGAUGCUGGACAGCCGGCGUCUGGGGAAGAGGCCAAGGAUCCAGGCUGCCUGGAGCCCCUCCACGAGGAGGAGGCGGCCCAGAAUGGAGGUGGCAGGGACUGAGGUGCAGGCCGGAUGCAGAGAGCCCAGAACUGGACUCGGGAUGCCUGGUGCCAGCCUGCCUCUACCUGAAUUUCACCUUGUGUCUUUGGGCAAGUCACUGCCUCCCCAUAAGCCUCAGUUUUCUUAGCUUGAACAUGGGCCCAUUCCUGCGUGCCUCCUUUGCAGGCUUAUGGUGAGAAUCUGUUGAGGGGUGGGCCAGGAAGGCCACAGAGGUGAGGCCUUGUAAUUAUCAUGGGGUCCUGGCGCCCACUGGCCCCUGUUAGUUUCCUCCCCUGGGAGAGACCAUCUGACCUAAAUUUGGAGAAACAGUAAUCUCAGGACCUAGUGACACUCCCGGCCCUCGUACCCAUCUGCCCUUGGAUGUCCGCAGAGGCCCCAAACUCCCAGAACCUUGCCCUGCAUUCUCUCCUGCCUGGAAUUCAGUCAGCUUUCAAUUCUCCUGCCAGAGAGCGCAUCUCAUCUGUGUCACUGCCUUGCUCUUGCAAACACCUUGCCCUUUGGCUAACAACCAAAUUCCUUAACAUGCCUUCCGAGAUCUGCAGAAUUGGGCUCCUGUUUCCUUCCCAGCCUCUUCUAGAGACAUCCCACCUGCCUUUCUAGGCUCCAGUUAACCAGCCUCUUCACUUGCCCAGCUCCUUCCUGGCUUACCGUCUUCACCCAGACUCUUCUCACUUCGUGGACCAUUCCUCCUGCCUCCUUUUCUUGCCUAACCCUCUCUCAGCCUUCAGAUCUCAGCUCACACAUAAAUUCUGCAGGGCAACCCCCCAACCUCAGCUCAGUUUGGUUCCCAUAUGGUACACGCUUCCACCAGCUCGCACUUGUCCUGCCUGGUACUGAUCAUAUUUGUUAAUAGUUAAGUGAUUAACUUAAAUUAAACAGUGAGUUCCAUGGGGUAAGGAUCAUACCUUUCUUGUUCACCUUGGGACCCCUGGUGGUAUCACAGAGCCAGACACAUAGUAGGUGCUUAAGACAAUUUCACUGAAUUGUGAGGGUGCCUAGGGGAAGACAGAGAAAAAAGUUUGGAUGGGCCCCAUGGCAAUGCCAUCCAUCAAGGCUCAGUCUUCCCCAGGCACCUGCCCCCUCCCUCCACAGCCCCCCCAGGACUCCAUCACAUUGCACUGUGGCCCCCACUAUGAGAUUGCGAGCUCAAGGAUGGAAACUAUGUCCGUUCACCUGGCUCCCAGUGCCAAGCACAGUGCCUGUAUAUAUUUACCAAAUAAGUGAAAUUCUGGCCAAUUUUGUGAUGUUCUUGUGCUGGUGCAACAUUUCAGCCUGGCUCAAUUAAAUGAAUAUUU